CAAGGUUUCACACGUAGGUCUUAUGCAGAAGCUCACGAGCUUCGGAAUAAUAGGUACUGUACAUGAGUGGAUAGGAAAUUUCUUAUGUGACCGCAGACAGAGAGUUAGGGUCAACGGAACGCUAUCCGAUUGGAAGCCGGUCAAAAGUGGUGUACCCCAAGGCACCAUCUUAGGCCCUCUGCUCUUCCUUCUCUACGUUAAUGAGUUACCACUGUUACUUAGGUCGUCGACAUUAUUGUUUGCAGAUGAUGUAAAAAUCUGGAGAACAAUAAAAAGUGCGGCUGAUCAUGUGGAUCUUCAAGCUGACUUAGACGAUUUAGUUAGAUGGGCUCGAGAGUGGAGCUUAGAAAUCAAUGCUAGGAAGAGUGUACUAAUGCACAUCGGUCACGGUAAUAGUUACCGUUAUUCUAUUGAGGGUAAACCUCUUCCAUGCGUUCAACAGCAUAAAGACUUAGGAGUAGUAUUAAGUCAUGAUUUAAAAACAACUACGCAUUGCAAAGUAGCCGCUGUCAAAGGUUUUCGUGCGUUAUGGUCACUUCGCCGAGCGUUCAAAUCUUUUGACGAGGAAAUGUUUCGAAUUUUAUAUCCCAUAUAUGUUAGACCACAUUUAGAGUACUGUUUCCAAGCAGCUAGCCCAUGUCUGGUAAAGGAUACUAACUCCCUUGAGCGUGCCCAGCGUGUGGGAACGAAAUUAGUGAAGGGUUUUUCUAAACUCCCUUACGAUGAGCGUUUAAAACGCCUAAAUCUUUUCCUCUUGUCGUAUCGUAGGACACGAAGUGACCUUAUACUGGCAUUUCGUAUCUUUAAUUAUGAUUUGGGUGUUAAUAUGUCUUAUCUUUUUGCUACCUCCAGCACUAAUAAUCUCCGAGGUCAUAGCAAGAAGGUUCAUAAACCACGAUCUAAUAAACUUAAAGUGGGAUCCCGUUUUUCUCAUCGAGUAGUCAAUCAUUGGAACGCCUUACCCGAACAAGUGGUAUCAGCCCCAUCAGUGAAUACUUUCAAGGAAAAGCUGGACCUUCACUGGAAAGCAAUGUGUCAGGAUUAACACAGGUUCAUCAACCUACUAUCCUUAUUACUGAAGACUGAAGACUGAAG